AUGACCUGGAGCUUUAGUAAAAACAAGUUGAAAACAGUAACGCUGUUUGAACAUGGACAGAUUCACAGAGAAGCAGCAGCUAAAUCAGACAGACUGAGUCUUACAGCGAACUGUUCUCUGGUUAUAAAGAAGGUCACAGACGAGGAUGCUGGUCUUUACACCUGCAGACAGUUUGUAUCAGGACAAAAACAAGGACCAGACUCUAUGGUUCAUAUGUCUGUUAUUACCAUAACUGAACAGAAGAACAAAGAUAAAGUCACUUUGUUCUGCUCUGUGUUGGGAUUUGAAAACUGUAGACACACAGUGGAGUGGCUGUAUGAGGGUAAAGAGAAAAUUUACCCUCAUACACCUUCCUGCUCUGCUACUGUGACAUUUACACCAUCUCACCUGAAUCAAGAGUCAGAGCUUAAGAAGUUAUUAAAGUGUAAAGUGACAGAUGUUUACACUAAGAAAAUGCAACUGUUUCCCUUCAUCCCUCAGUCCUCAGGUGAGAAAACAGAUAGAGAAACACCAUCAACAACCACAACGCCGUCAGAGACACAGAAAUCAUCCACUGCUCGUAAAACAUCAACAACACAAACUAAAAGGACAUCUGUGGACAGACAAACACCUACAAACAACAACAAUCCAUCACAACAAGCAGGUUCAUCAUGGCCGUAUGUUGUUGUAUCUUUGGGUUUUGCAGCUUUUUUUUUAACUGUUGUUGUGAUCAUCAAGUGGAAGAAAACUAAAGGAAAUAAAAAGGAACGGGAAGAAAACACUGUUGAUCUUGAUGAUGCUGUCGCCUACUCCACCAUCAGCCACACCAAGAAGACCAAGAAAAAAAGAUGUGUCCCUGACCCUGUGAUCUACAGCAACGUGAGAGUUUUUUCCAACUGAUCUAAACAGCUCCAGUUCUACCAUCAACAAACCAAAGUAUUUUUAAAAAGCUUCACAACUUCUUUGUACAGAAAGGAGCAUCUUUCCCACCUUGAACAGGAAGAGUUAAAAGUGCUCGACCAUGAUACAGACUAGUUGCAGAUUACCAGUUACAGUAUCAGCUGUGUGAGGCAUGAAACUGAGGUGGAGAGUAUGGGAAAGAAGAGAGAAUAUGAAAAACAUAGUGGUUAGUUUACUGUUUCUUUAUGUGAUUGUUUUAUUACCAUGAUUCCUUUUAAUCUUUAACUCUUGUUUAAUCCUCUCUAUCUGCAAAUGAACACAUACUGGUAUCUGUUAAAUCUGAUUUUAUGUAUCUCUGCUAUGCUUUACUGUGAAUAAUGACUCACACAGGACUACAAAUACAUUUACCUGUAUGGUUUGACACCUUUUAAGCCACAUGACUGUUGCCUGUUGAGGUUUUAAUGAUAAAAAAACCAAACAUCUCUGCUGCAGUUGUUCCCACGUUCAUUUAAAGUUAGCAUCUAACACAAACUAACACCUCAUUAACCACUGAUGCUCCACCAUGAUGAGCCCCAUGACAUCAUGCUUUAAUGUUCAGUUAUUUUAACAUAUAAACCUUUGAGUGGUCUAGCACCUCUCUGCUUCAGCCCUACACUCUGUCACCACUUCUAAGCUUUGCAGACCAGCAGCU